CUUGCUAAAGCAGUUUUUGCGCUAGUCAUGGUUUUUGUAUUAUGAUGUACGCAUGCGUGACGCGAAGGACAAAUUCAGCUAUACGCCCGAGGCAGCUGUGGUGGAGAGUAGGCUCCUAGCAAGGGUCAUGGGGUAAUGCCGGCUAAUCGUGUCGAUCCUAGUGUAGUGGCGACAGGGAAUCAAGGUCGUUGGUCGCCUUGAGGAGGUGCGUGCAUGUGAUAAACGUCCGGUUAGCCAUUGGACGCAGCUGGCCGUUAAAAGGUGUUUAGCGUUCACGAAGGCCGUUGAGAAUACCAGCUUUAUUCGUCAUUGGCCUCGACCUGUGUCCAGACUUGAGAAGAGUUUGCGCGAUGUAGUGAUCGACAUUUAUACUCUAGUCGCCCAUAUUUCCCACGCGACAAUGCUCCUAGAUCCCGAUCCUAGGAUCCUUACCCUUGUAGAGACCAUGAUGUUGCUCAAUGCGGGGGCUCGGGCUCACUACGCGCGUUCUUGGUCGCAGCCAUCGGUUUUUGAAGGGACGACGAGCGCCAAAUCAAUUCCAAUAAUGUUUGAGUGUCGAGAUAAGAGCACUGGGCCGCUCUUGACAAGGACUUAUCAAAAUGCGGAGGCCAGCGGAAGCAAGACCAGGGUGCCAGAAAAGAUUGACAGGAGACAUUUUUCGCCUCGGUCGGUUACACUAGCGCCAUCAUCGCUUCCCCUUUAUGCAUUCCCACUUCCAAGGCUAUGGACCUUUCUCUCCGUAUCACACCAUCAACCUGGUAAGCUUUGGGUUAAGCCUCGGGGUUUGGCUUGUUCAGGAUUCGAUAUUAACGUCGCUUGCGUUGGUACACUAACCAGACUACCCGCUCACUUGCCAGUAAACGACGCCGGCCUUGCUUCCUCAUUGAUUGACGGAGUGUCGAAGCCGAUGUGCAUUAAUCAGGAAGAUGGUGCCUAUUCGUACCGACUCCGUAUCUUCCCUGCUUGGUAGUCUUGUCGUUAAAAGUCGUCUUGUACGAAAUAGGUGUCACUUCAUGCUGAUCGCGUCCAGCAUGGACUCGUCAGAUGCUAUUUACGCUCGCGUUCGGCAGUAAGAUAGAGACCAUGGACCAAGCCGU